CAACUCGGGCUGAUAAAAAGCCGAAUGGGCGCGGGCUGUCAUUCACUCCUCGGUCAAAUCUCGUCAAGUUGAGAUUCGAUCUCGUUUCCUGUAGAUUUCUGAAAGAAGAUUCCACUGCGCAGCGAUGCUUCGGUUUACGUACAUCAUAUUUCUUUUAUUGCUGGUGUCUGCAGCGGUACGUAUCACUACAUGCCUUGAUGGUGGAACGCCCAAGACACUACAACAGAUGUCGGUCUAUGAGGAUACAAAAGCUCUCUUGCGUCUGGGAAUGGCCAAGAGGAACUCUGAAAGCUAUAAGGAACUUGACUUUCGACCUGGAAAAGGCGAUUCCAGAAUUCCAGGAGUUGCAACAGCAGUUGGAAGGUUCACGAUGAGAAGCGUGCCACACAAACGAGAAACGCCGAAUGUCAAGUUGCCUCACCAGAACUCCCAUAGACCACUGGACUUUGGCGGACAUGUGCGCUCACUUAGGCACUCUCCUCCCAAUCCACAUUUUUAUAACGAGAUUUAUAGCGGUCCUUACAAGCCGGUAGCACCAGAGGGCGUUGACAACAGCUGGUACGUAGGCCCUGAUCCGUCCCUGAAAGCCCAGGGUAAGAGAAAUGAGGAAAAUAAGGAACCCGAGGUCGCAAAUGACGAUUCACAGCAGGACCAAGAACCAGUCCCUGAGAUUAGUACUAACAUCGACGCUCCAACUUUGCACAAAGCACCUGUCACUUUCGCGCCAGAAGUAGCUCAUCAAGAGGCUGAAAUAUUAGCAGACGACCUCGACGACAAGCUCAAGGAACUCCCUCCCAAGCUUGUCCAUUUGUAUUCCAGGAACCCUUCAUUGCUCCUGCGAGCAAAACCACUACGUCAAGCGCCAAAGCUUUUCCUUUGUCCUGGUGAUAUAGACGGUGGAUCCAUCGACAUUGAAACUCUCACUCCUGGCGAUGGGUUCCGGCGCCCUCACGAUCGUCAUCUGUUCCCGCCACUUCUUCAUAAGCCUCGUCUCUGCAUAUAGGCUGAUCUGCAGGAACUGUGUGAAGAAGACCUGGCUGGCGUAAGACUUCAAAGAAACGUAGGCGUACUUACUUUUAGAAACUGGAUGUCUCUACUUAACUGCCAACAAACAUCGAGGCGAGAUAAAAGAAGAUUUGAUCAAUCAAGCAAAAGAUAUCUUGAGUCAGCUCAGUUCAUCUCAGUACUAGACUAAUACUGAGACACGUUAACUGUUUUCUUUCUGUCCACUGAAUAUAUUUUGGGACUGCAUUUUGUAAACAUUGUUAUAUAAAUGUUUAUUUUUGAAA